AUGGACGCUCAUUCGAAGUGGGUUGAGGUGUUUGUCAUGACAACAACAACAAGUGAAAAGACGGCAGAGAAAUCACGAGGUGUUUUUGCGGCCUACGGACUACCAGAGGAGAUUGUGACCGACAACGGGCCCCAAUUCACGUCGCAGCACUUCGGAACAUUCCUGAGCAGGAAUGGAAUUCGUCAUUCCAAAUCUCCUCCCUAUCGCCCAGCUUCAAAGGAUAGCGCCAAACGGUGCGUUCAGACCGUCAAGAAAGACUUGUUUAAACAGGUACUAGACGAAGAAAGAAAAGGAGACAAGAAGUCUAUACAACAUCGCAUAGACCAAUUUCUCUUUAGUUAUCGCAACACCCCGUCCAGCACCACUGGUGAGACCCCGGCCCAGAUCUUGUCGUGGUAG